CACCGGAAAUGGACACGAACAAAGCGGAAGUAUUGAAAUAUUUGUUCGGUGAUUUUUCUAGCUGUGUAGAGUCUAUUUGAAGACGUCUUUCUGUAUCAGACUCAGUCAUUGUCGUCGCAACGACGCCGAAACAUGGACAGAUAGUGUUUGUUUAAUUGGAUAUACGGACGUGGUCCCUGUAAAAGAUAAUCCUUCACUGUGCUCAUCUUGGACUGUCACUAAGUACUCUGACACACACAGGUGUAAACAACAGUUUUGCCUCUUGUGAAACUCCAGAGUAGACCCAUCUUUCCUGUGGCCACCAGUAUGGCUAACAGCACAGCAGCAGCAGUAAAGGUUAUGCCCCCAGGCCCUGCUGGCAGAAGUAGUCCAGAGGGAUCUCAGGUGCUCAGUAAGAAGAAGCUUCAGGACCUGGUGAGAGAGAUCGAUCCAAAUGAGCAGCUGGAUGAAGAUGUUGAGGAGAUGCUGCUACAAAUUGCAGAUGACUUUAUAGAGAGUGUAGUGACAGCGGCCUGUCAACUGGCACGCCAUCGCAAGUCCAACACCUUGGAGGUGAAGGAUGUUCAGUUACAUCUUGAGCGCCAGUGGAACAUGUGGAUUCCUGGUUAUGGCUCAGAUGAGAUCCGGCCGUUCAAGAAGGCUUGUACCACAGAGGCUCACAAACAGAGAAUGGCGCUUAUCCGCAAGACAACCAAAAAGUAGCAAGGCUACACCAAUAUGUUGUACCCACUCUGUUCAUUCUCUUUUCUUUUUGGUUUUUAGUUUGAUCCUUUCCUAUUGGGAUUGUUUUUGACUAAUGAAGAAGAAAGAGAUGGUUUGGGUGUUGUUGUUUUUUUGACAUUAGAUAGUGUGUUAUUGUCAUGACCUUUUAGUGUUUUGCCAGCACCAUCACACAAUAAUGUAAUUCUUGUCUCUGAUUCUGUUUUGUUUCCAUUAAGCUAAACCUGGCAGAACUAUACAUUGCAUUUUUGUCAAUAAACAUUUACUGGAAUA